UUAUGAACUUUGCUAUAUGAAUCGAUAAGUGUAAUUACUCUAGUGCGUAAUUUAUAGAGCUUAUACGACCGGCUCAAUAGUUAAGAAUCGUGUUAGCUUUAGUUUCAAAGUAGAUUACCUCUCGUAGAGUGGAUUUUAUUGAUUAUCUGUGUAGAAAUUGAUGAAACUCGUGUGUUAUGUCACCUCAGUAUGUAUAAUGGCUACGUUAAAUUUGUUAUUUCUAGUGCAAUACAUGAUGCUUUUGAAUGGCUAAUCCGAGGUGGGCGGAAAGUUCUGUGCCUAGGUAUUUACCAGAUCGCGUGGCUCAGAUUUAUUACGCUCAUGGAUUAUUCUGCUCCAGUCAUCCGGUGUUUGUUAUCAUCUUGACGAGUAUUAUCAUCCUUCUGAGCAGUUUUCCACUGACAUAUUUACCAUUACCGGGAAAUGUACCUCAAAGUUUCUCUACUCAUGCUUCACGAGUCAACGUUACAACACCAAGAUGGUUCAACGGACCAUCGAAGUACUACAUUCAACAGGUGAUACUGAAGAGCACGGUAUCUCCGUGGACCGAAGAUCUCCUGUUGACUGAUGCAUUUAGAAGUCCUUUAGCCGAAUCGUUUAAACUCACUGAAAUAAUACGAAAUUACCAACUCAACAAUCACUCAUUAUCUUUAGACAAAAUAUGUUUGCACAUUGAAAAUAUAAGAAGAAAAACAAACAAGAUGACCUCCGUUUUACCGGAAUAUAAUUGUUUGGUUCUCUCACCUGGUAAUCUUUGGACGCAGGAUAUUAAUAAAUUUCAAUUGGAUGCCAAUUUAAUCAAUACCGUUUACAAUUAUCAAAAUUAUGGUAAAGGAAAAAUCAGUAUUUCCGAAAUGUGUUUCGGAUUACCUCUUAAAGAAGCUGGAAUAAAACGUUACCCUUUAAGAAACAAACAACGUGUGAUUCAGUUCGCUGUGACUAUAUUUAUAACUCAGCACCAUACAGUAUUUAUCGAAGAUUUACGAACUUACUUGAAGAAAUUUUAUCCACUUUCCGAGUCGUUGACUUUAAGUAGCAAUAAUAGUAGUCAGAGUUCCAUCCAUAUUUAUUAUCCCGAGGAUGUUAAUUAUGGAGAACUUAUACCAUUAUCGUUAACCUAUCUUAUGCUGUUCUUGUAUAUAUAUUUUUUGGUCCGGAAAAUGGAUUUUAUAAAAUACAAAAUGUGCAUGGCGUUUAGUGUUGUUCUAACUGUAUUAGCCUCUUUAUCCGUUACCAUCGGUAUUUGUUUCUUCUUUGGAUUAGAAUUUAGUGGCAAAGAACGAGGCAAACAGGUAUUUCCUUAUCUAGUCAUUAUCGUCGGGUUGGAAAACGUAUUGGUACUGAUGAAGUCAGUAGUUUCGACAACUUCCCAUCUCGACGUAAAAAUACGAGUUGCUCAAGGAUUAAGUAAAGAAGGUUGGAACAUCACCAAGAUCUUUUUGAUCGAAGUUACUAUAUUAACCGCUGGAUUAUUGACUUUCGUACCUGCGAUACAGGAGUUCUGCAUAUUUGCUAUUGUCGGAUUAUUAUCAGAUCUGUUUUUACAAACAGUAUUCUUCGUAACAAUUCUGUCAUUGAAUAUUAAGAGCACCGAGCAAUCAACGUAUCCUAACUACGCGUAUCACUCAUUAAAUACUAAUAAUCCGAUGGGUAAAAAUAAUUACGUGAAUUACGGCCAGAAUUUAGAGGAUAGCAGGAAGUUAUCGAGAUCGAGAUCUCAUCCGAGAUUAACUGGACAGAAUGUAGUGGCGCCGUUACGUAAUCAUAAAGCUUUGGCUAAUCAGCACGUACCAAAACGAAUGAAAGUGGUACAUUUUUGGGCUCGAACGCGAUUCGUUCAGAGGAGUUUUAUGGUCGGAAUGGUGCUGUGGAUUGGUGUGAUUAUAUACAAUGCUGAUACCAUUCAAAAUUUCAUCAAGAGAUCUGCUGACACCGAGGUUACUGAAAUCAGCCCCGAUGAAGAUUUUAGAAACUCCAACGAACCGGUUACUUGGAAAAAUGAACACGUUUCGAUGUUAAAUUCGGAUAAACUUCAGAAAGGUGACGAAGAAGCUAAAAAAUUAAAACUAAAAGAGGAAUUGCGACAAAAUGAUAAUAUUUCCGAAGAAUUCUAUUGGGUAAAAAAAGUGGAUUACGAUACUCGACGGAGACUUUCGCUGUAUCAUUGGCCAUCCAUUCUGUCGCUCUACAAUGUAUCUCUCAGUGGUUCCUACAUCACAUUGUUACCGCCAAUUACUCUUAUACACAGUAUAUCAUCUGAAUCGGCGGUAUCGAUGAGAAAUCCGGAUGAAAAAGGAAUUAAAUUCAGAUGGCAAUCCUUGGCAGCUGCUCUCGAUCCGAUUGAUUUCCCAGAUGUUGAAAGUACCAUGAGAAGUACGAUACCAGAUAGCGAAGAACGUGUUAGACCAUUCAUACCAUCCUCACCGAUGGAAAUAUUCAUGACAGCUUUAUUAUGUAUAGUCAGCGUAUUCGUGGUAGCUUACACUUUCGUGGUCUUGUAUCGUUGUAUGUGUACGAGAAAUUACGCCGAAUGGAGGUCCAGUUGGGCAAGCUCGUCUAAUGAUGAGUCAUCUUCGCCUACCCAGGUGGUCUUGGAAGCAUUACCUAUUACUAUUGAAGGACAUGCUCAUCUAAUAGAAUGCGUCUCAUCUGAUAACAAUGUAAUCGUAAGCACGUGCUUAGGAGGUUUUGUCAAAGUUUGGGAUGCUUUCACCGGUGAACUUGUCGCUGACAUAGAACGUAAAAGACCUACAUUCAACAAUCAACUAGUCAACGCUAAACGCGUAAACGAUUCGAUAAAUAUGUUACCGUCGUUGAAUCGUAGUAACGAACAAUUGUACAGUUACUCGAAUAAUGUGGCGAGAUCUCCGAUUCAAAGCUCAAAUUUACAUUUCAAUGCUCAAGUAUUAGAUAGAAGGAAAGAUGAAAAUGUAUAUUCAUUCACUGCAAAUCAUAUUACAAACGAUCGUUCUGCAACUGUUACGAAUUCAUCGAGAAAUGUUCCGAUUUGGUGUAUCGAUUGUAAAGACAAUAUCGUCGUUUUGGGCUGCGUUGACGGAUGUUUGGAAUUUUGGGAAUGCUCUACCGGUAUAAUGAAGUGUAUUUACGUCGACGACAGAAUCAGCAUCACUUCGGUGAAGCUCGUCGGUUAUCUUGUGAUAGUUGCCAAGUUGAAUGGCACGAUAUCUUUCUACAAACUGGAAGUAGUUCCGUCGUAUAAUGUUCCUGAGGCUGCUAAUGGCCCUAUGAAGCAUCGUAAAUGUCACGUACGAUCCGGUAGUGUUGAUUCUGUGUACAAUUGGCAGCUAGGAGAGUCCGAACAAUUGCGAUGUUACCGAAUCGAUACGGUGAAAGCGCAUACCAAACCGAUUACAGUAUUAGAGUGCGAGGGAAAUAAAAUCAUUAGUGGUAGCGAAGAUCGCACGUUGAAAGUGUUCCUGUUAGAAAACCAAGUUCUGCUUUAUACUCUUCAUGGUCAUUAUGGACCUGUAUCGUGCGUAUUCAUAGAUAGAUUUAAUCCAUCGAUGGCAGGAUCUGGCAGUCAAGAUGGAUUAUUGUGUGUUUGGGAUCUUCAUACAGGAGCAUGCAUGUACAGUAUACAAGCUCACGAUGGUAUGAUAACAGCGUUGACAUAUUCUGCUAGCUACGUCAUAAGUUUGGGACAGGAUGAAAAGCUAUGCGUAUGGGAUCGAUUUCAAGGACAUCUUUUAAACACAAUUCCAUUAAUGGAUUCGUUUUGUACUUCGCUUUGUAUGCUGACGCAUAAUCUUUUGAUUACAUCGAAACAAGGUUGUUUAGCAGUGCUCGACGUAGGCACUGGCGAAACGAUUCGUUUAGUAAAACUAGGACCAACCGAUGCUUGCGUAUUUAUCCGACAUAUUAUAAGCGUUGGUGAUGGAAUAAUAUGCGAUUAUGGAGAUCAACUUCGUUUAGUUCGAUUUCCAUUUGUAUGCGAUAAGAACGAUUAGAUUUAACGAUGUAAGCAAACAGGUUGAAACUUUUUAAAAACCCAAGUGUUGUUGCUGGUUUUUUUCUAUUUGAUGACAGGUCGGUUCAUGAUGGAGUUUUUUUUUUUACGAGGAGUCAUUAUAAUAUUGAGAAAUGCCGAGUUAGCAUUUGGAUUUAUAAUGAUGUGAUAUAGACGAAAGAAUUUUUAUUUUAUGAUGGUUGUAUGAACCUAAACUUUGUCAAUUUUUGAAGGAAAAAUUAACUUUUCUAAAGUAUGGUUUGUUUUCUCAAUACCUUUUAUGUUUACUUUGAUGCAUUUGUGAUAAUUUUAAAACGAGUACUUCCUAAAAUAGGAAUUAGUUUAGUUGAAAUAAUAUACGCACGUUUUUGUCGUGUAAUUAUGUGUAAUUUUUAAAACCUAUCGUAAUUUUUUUUCUUUUUUCUAAAAUCGGUGUGUUUUUUUUAGUGAUAAGUUUUUGUAUUUUUUAUUUUAUACGAACGAAUUGUAAUUUUGAAUUAUGUUGUUACCCUUUCCUUUUCUUUUUAUAUUUUAUUUGUGAGUAGGAAUUUAAUUUAUAGUGUAGAUCGUAGAUUUAAACAAAAAUAAAUCUCAAGUGUCCUUUUUUAAAGAG